CCUCGUCGUCCCAAAAAAAUAAUCCCGCGUCGUCGUCGCCUCUGAUACACCCCUUCUCUCUUCCUUCUUCCCCCCCUCCCCUCUCUUCUCCUUCCGUCCUCGAGUCCAGUGUCAUUCGAUUUGCCUAUAGGCUUCAAUUGUUCGACGUCGACGGUCCUAUCGUCUUGAUCCAUAGUCCAUCCCGUCGCCGGCCCCCAAGUCGCCAACGCCAAUUUCUCUCUCUCAAUCCUCUCCCAUCACUCCAUCCAUCUCUUCUCUCCCUGCUGUCGCGCCGCCCGCGAGAGCUCCUCCCCAUUCACCAUGAUCUCCACGGUUCUGAGACGGACUGUCCGUCCCAACGCCCUCCUCCGCAGCAACCUCUCUUCCCAGAUCCUGAGAUGUUACGCCUCGUACCCCCCGCACACCGUCAUCAAGAUGCCCGCCCUGUCGCCCACCAUGACGGCGGGAAACAUCGGAGCCUGGCAGAAGAAGGCCGGUGACAGCAUCGCCCCCGGUGAUGUCCUCGUCGAGAUUGAGACCGAUAAGGCCCAGAUGGACUUUGAGUUCCAGGAGGAGGGUGUCAUCGCCAAGCUGCUUAAGGAGUCCGGUGAGAAGGACAUCCCCGUCGGUAACCCCAUCGCCGUUCUCGUCGAGGAGGGCACCGAUGUUAGCGCCUUCGAGGGCUUCUCCGCCGCCGACGCCGGUGGGGAGGCCGCCAAGCCCGCUCCCAAGGAGCAGCCCAAGGAGGAGUCCAAGCCCGCCGCCGCUCCUACCCCCGAACCCGAAAACUCCUCCGAGGACUUCAACAAGCCCGCCGGCAAGCUCGAGAACGCCCUGGACCGUGAGCCCAACGCUUCCUUCGGUGCCGUGCGCCUCGCCAAGGAGAAGGGUGUCAACAUCCGCGACAUCAAGGGAUCCGGCAAGGGUGGCAAGAUCACCGAGGACGACGUCAAGAAGGCCAUCUCCUCCCCUGCCCCCGCCGCUGCUGCCUCCGGCGCCAGCUACGAGGACAUCCCCAUCAGCGGCAUGCGCAAGACCAUUGCCUCGCGCCUCCAGGAGUCCACCCAGAACAACCCCCACUUCUACGUCUCGUCGAGCAUCUCGGUCAGCAAGCUCCUCAAGCUUCGCCAGGCCCUCAACGCCUCCUCGGACGGCAAGUACAAGCUGUCCGUCAACGACUUCCUCAUCAAGGCCAUCGGCGUCGCCUCCAAGAAGGUGCCCCAGGCUAACUCGAGCUGGCGCGGCGAUGUCAUCCGCCAGCACAACACCGUCGACGUCUCUGUCGCCGUCUCCACCCCCACCGGCCUCAUCACCCCCAUCGUCACGGGCGUUGAGGCUCGCGGCCUUGAGGGCAUUUCCACCGAGGUCAAGAAGCUCGCCAAGCUCGCCCGCGACGGCAAGCUGAAGCCCGAGCAGUACCAGGGCGGCUCCAUCUCCAUCUCCAACAUGGGCAUGAACGACGCCGUCGACAACUUCACCGCAGUUAUCAACCCUCCCCAGUCCACCAUCCUCGCCAUCGGCACCACCAAGAAGGUGGCCGUGCCCGCCCUGUCCGAGGACGGCACCACCGGCGUCGAAUGGGAUGACCAGAUCACCAUCACCGGUAGCUUCGACCACAAGGUCGUCGACGGUGCCAUUGGUGCCGAGUUCCUCAAGGAGCUGAAGAAGGUCCUCGAGAACCCCCUCGAGCUCCUUCUGUAAGGUGGAGUGGCUGUAGCUGUGAAGUUGCCGUCGCUGUUGCUGUUGUCGUUGCCGUUGCGUGAUGCGUGACGCAUGCUGCGUGCUACGUGCCGCGUGGCGGCUGGAGGAGGAGUCAUGAUGAGUUUCGAAGGCGUAUCCGGCGUAGGAUAUUAGAACGUUCAGGCCCAAGAUAUGACCUGUGGUUUGCGAAGGGGAGGAAAAGCGGAGGGCAGUGAAUGACGGGCCGCAGCAUACACCAUCUGCUCGGCGCCCGACGACGAACCUACCACAACCUACUUCCCGUGUACAAUGAUCUCCUGACUAAUGCUGCAUCUCGGGUGCGGAAGAGGUUUCUGUCUUGUACAUUUGGUCUCCUUUUCCCCCUUUUUACCUAGAAAUCGAGCAGUUACCUUUGCGCGGAACC